ACAGGAGCAAUUCCAAAACGCUGUCGUUAAAUCAGAGCACAAAACCACUAAAAAAGUGUGUUUGUCCCGCUCCUCCGUGGUUGAGGCGGCUGUGCUGAUAUUUUCCUUCUCUUCUUCCAUUUUCCGCCACCAUGAAGCUCGUCAGGUUUCUGAUGAAGUUGAACAACGAAACCGUAUCGAUCGAGCUCAAGAAUGGUACCAUUGUUCAUGGCACGGUUACAGGUGUUGAUAUCAGUAUGAAUACACAUUUGAAAACAGUUAAACUAACCCUGAAAGGGAAAAACCCAGUUACUCUGGAUCAUCUCAGUGUGAGAGGUAACAACAUUCGUUAUUAUAUCCUUCCUGACAGCUUGAAUCUUGAGACCUUGCUGGUUGAAGAGACACCUAGGGUCAAGCCUAAGAAGCCAACUGCUGGGAAGCCUUUGGGGCGUGGACGUGGCCGAGGGCGUGGACGUGGUCGGGGCCGUGGCCGUUGAGUUGCAUAUUCUCAAAUUUUUUGCCAUGUGGUUUGGUAGGGAGAAUUUCUGUGCUGUUUUAUGGACAUCAAAGGAGUGUUCUUGUUGAUUGGUUAUGUUGAUUUGGUCGAUGUUGCUAUUUUCUUAUACAAGUGAUUUUAAGUUCUGUAAAAUUCCUUGCUGAUAUUCUAGAAUUGAUUAGGGCAGGGUUUGCGACACUUUGUUGACUCCAAAAAGAUUCCCAAUGCCUCUUAGCGGAAAAACUGCAUAUACUUGUAGCUUUUGGGAUAAGGUGAACAAGUUAAUCGGAAUUACUGAUGAUUGCCCUUGUUCGUAUGGUAGGUGGUGGUUAUGUGUGUUAAGACUCUUAUUACUUAUGCUAAUGGACUGACUCUUGAGCUUUAACACCACCAUUUUCUUUGAGAUUUGAUCUCUUGAGCUUUUUAGCGAAGUCUGCAACAUAGAUGCAAUAUUCAGUUGAUUACAAUAUGAACUAGAGUUC